GAUUAUAUACGUGAAUAUUUGAAGUAAAAGUGAAAAAGUAGUUGUUAUCAUUCCAUUAUCAGAUUUGAAGAGUUAAGCGGUUGAAGAGUCACACCUAGUUUCCGUACGAGCGUGAAGCAAGAACCAUUUCUUACCUCUAGAAUAACUAAAUUUCUUUUAACUUAUAGAGUUUUUUGACAAUGAAUAUCAUUAUCAAGAAUUUUAUAUUACUUUUUUUUAUGACUGUAACGGAUGCUCAACAUAUGUAUCGGCUAUGUGCACCAGAAUCAAUAAGUGAAACCACUUGCUUCAGUCUAUCUCGAGGUGACAGUCAAGUGUCUUGUAUUCGAGUAACUGACAGCGCCGACUGUGCUAUUAAAUUAAAUGAGAACAAAGUAGAUAUCGGCAUUUUUAAUGCUGAAGAACUCUUAUUAGCUUAUCAGUUUUAUCCAAAUACUCUAACGCCUCUAGCACAGCUUAGGAAUCGCGAAAAGCUUAAAGAUGAUUUUGAGUUUCACACUGUUGCUGUUGUGCCUAUGACUUUCAAUGGCAAUGAAGGUCUCGCCGGAUUAAAAAAUCAAGGAUUAUGUCAUCCAGGCUUCAGUGAAUCCCAGAUAUGGAAUGAUUAUAUCUUGAAAUUUUUUGAAAAAAAAGUGUACAAUAAUGAGUGUCAAAAAGAGUAUACAGCAAGUGAAAAUGAAGCAAGAAAUCUUAAAAAUUUCUUUGGAAAAGCUUGUAGGCCUGGAAUUUGGGUUCCUGAUGCAUCACAAGACGAUGAAUUAAAAAAAAAUUAUCCUGAACUUUGCGAACUCUGUGAUAAUAAAUCUGAGUGUAAAUAUGAAAAUAAUAUACAUCAUGGGCAUAUGGGAGCUUUGGAAUGUUUAACGUCUGGAAGAGGAAAUGUUGCAUACGUUGCAUAUCAUUACGUUCAGCAAUACUUCAAUCUAAAUCAAAGUAAUCCAAUGCCUCUAAUAAAUAAUCCAGGUUACCAGUUUCUUUGUCCUAAUGGUUCUCUUCAACCUUUAACAAAAACAAAUCCAUGUUCAUGGAUUCAGCAACCAUGGAGUGUGAUUUUAACAAGAAAGGACGAUGCUACAGAAAUUAUUUCAAGCCUAAAAGAAUGGAUCGUAGAUCCUUUGACUAAGUCUGAAUCAUGGAAAGUAGCACUUAGUAGAGUAAUUCAAGAAGAUGGAUUGAUUAAUUAUUUCUCUGAGCCACCAAGUCUCCGUUCAUAUCUCAUAACUGGCCGAGAGGUUGAAUUGUCAGAAAAAUCUUGUGGCAAAUCAAUCCGAUGGUGUACGAUAAAUAAAGCUGAAAUGAACAAGUGUAAUUGGGUUAUGAAAGAAGCCGAGUUAUUAGGAAUAGAACCUAAAUUUACUUGUGAAAUAACCAAUUCUACUUUUGAAUGUCUUCAAUAUAUUUCUAAAAAUCAAUCUGAUAUAAUGGCAAUUGAUUCUAAUUAUGGUUAUUUAGCUAGAAGACUUUACAAUUUAUCUACAGUUCUAUACGUUGAAACAGAGAAAGACAAAAAUAGUGCAGUAAUAGCUGUAAUUCGUGAAAGGUCUAAAUUAAUAGAUAAUUUCUCUGAUCUAAAAGACAAAACUAUUUGUUUCCCAGAUUAUGGUGGAAUCGCUUGGCUUUCGUUUAUCAAUAUUGUAAGGAAUAAAAAAUUAAUUGGUGAUACAUGUGACUACCCAAAAGCUGUUGCUAAAUUAUUAUCUGGAGCUUGCACACCUGGAAUUAAUGAUACAAGCCGUUCUGAAGUGAAAUCAGACUUUGAUGCUGUAUCUAUAUUAUGUUCAGCUUGUCCUCUUGAAAAACCUAACUCGACUUGCUCUGCUGAUGCUAAUGUAAAUAUGUAUUAUGGUGAUAAAGGAGCAUUAGAAUGUCUAAAAGGACCUGGAGAUAUUGCAUUUAUUGAAUUAAAAAAUAUAAUUCCUCAAGUUCGUGUUAAGAAGAUUGAACCUAGUGAAUUCAGAGUAUUAUGUAAAAAUGAAAGCUUUGCUGAAUAUACUGGAUUUAAUGUUGAUGAGAAUUGUGCUUUAUCAGUGACUAUUGAUAGUGAGGUAAUUGGUCGUACAAAUAAUUCAAAAGUUGAUUCUAUGGACAUGACAUUUGCCCUUUUAAAAUUAGAGGAUUGGCUUGGUUAUCGUGCGUACUCGCGUCGAGUUAUAAGAAUUUAUGAUUCAUUUUUACCAUACGAUGAUUUAUUAUUUAAAGACUCUACAGUAGGAUUAGAAAGUAAAGAUUCCGAAAUUAAAAGUAUUAUGGCGUAUAAAGAUUUAUUUAAAUUAGUGGAUUCUUGUCGAAGUGCAAGCGUAAGAAUUUUUUCUUACCUGUUCCUUAUUUUAUCAACUUUGAUUGUAUUAUGCCUUUGCUAAGUGCAGAAAUUUUUAUAAUUAUCGAAUAUUAAAAAAUAUACAUACAUAAAUUAUAAUGUUAACAACAUUAAGGGUUUAUUUCUUUUAUACUGGUUAAAUUAGUUAGUAUUUAUGACAAUAAGUUUUUGAUUAAUAUAAAUCGAAAGUUAUUACUGCUAAAAUGUAUCAAGGUUCAAGGCUCUAAGAUUCUGGUGGAUCAAGUGUAAGGCUUUCUUGGACUAGAAAAAAAUGUUUGAAUAAAGAGAUUAAAAAAAUUAGAUUA